AUGAGCGCUCAACCACAAGGUCAGGCACCCACCGGCCAACAGCAGCCAAUGCAGCUCCUUAAGGUCGAUGACGUGCCUAAGCUGCAGUCGCUCAAUGAAGACUUGAAGCAGAAAUACAGACCCAUCUUUCAGCAACUAUGGAACACAGCUUCGACAAAGCCCGCGGGGAGCCCGGAGCAUACCCAGGCUCGAACAAAGCUCCAGGAGUUUUCUCAGAAGCUCAUCGCUCAGGAAAGGGCUUUCCGCGCAAGAGCUAAAGCGAACGCGGCACAGCAGAACCAAGCGUCGGGCGGAGAACAGUCGCAAUCCAGCGCGGCUGGCCAACAGAACCCACAGCCGAAGGUCGAACAGAACCAGUCUGCGCCGACGCAGCAGCCGCCGCAAAAUCAGAAUGCGAUGCAGCAGCCUCCGAACCAGGUGCAAGGCCAAGGCCCACCGCAGCAGGGCGACCAGCGGCCUCAGAUCGAGCCUGAGAUUGUGAAGCAUGUCCAGAACUUCACCUACUGGCUGCCAGUCAAUGGGGCUCAGCCAGGUACACCAGAAGGAGAAGCGAAGAUUAAGGAGAUGCGCAAUAGCUACCUGAUGGCACUGAACAAACAGCACAAGGCUAAGGGUCGAAUAGCCAUGCUGGAUAAUAUGGUGCAACAGAGGCAAAAGUCGGGACAGGAGAUACCUCCCGAGGUUGCCAACAACAAGGCCCAGAUGCAAAAAGAGUACAAUGCGGCGAAGGACUUCGUUGACACUUUCAGAGAAAAGCAGAAACAAAACAAGAUGGAACAUGAUCAGCGGCGCGCUCAACAGCAGCAGCAACAGAACCAACAGAACCAGGACCCGCCGUCUCAACCACAGUUCGCGCAGCAGCAGCGCCAGAAUUCGCAGCCCAACAUAAAAGCAGAGCCCGCCAUCAAAAUCGAAGGGCAACUUCCCCAAGUACCUCCUGCGCAGCAAUUCGGAAAUAUGCAAGGCGGUCCCCAGCAACCGCAGCAACAGCCGCCGCCACCGCAGCAGGGCGCACCUCAGGCACCGCCGUCAAUGCCCCAGCAGCAGCCCAUGCGACAGCCUCCCGCGCCCCUUCAGCAACACAACCAGCUGCCAAACCAGCACCCACAAUUCGCGCAGCCAGGGCAACCGCAACCGCACCAACAGCCUCCGCGCCCACAGAUUAACCCGCAUCAGGCGAAUGGUAUGCCGCACGCGCAGACCACCAAUUCACCACACCCGCAAUCUGCAACCUCUAACGCUGGCCGACCGGUGCCGCUCUCUCACCAGGACGCGGUGAAUGCUGCGCAAAGAUCUUACUCGGACAACGCCGGCCUGCGCACCGCCACACCUUUGCAAGGUCAGGGCAACUUUCACACCCCAGGAAGCCGCGAGCGCGAGCAGAUGAACAACCCCAAGAUGCCCAUUCCGCGCAACCUCAAUACUUCUCAACCAAGUCCUGUUCCCAUGGGUCCAGCUCGUCCUACAAUAAGCGGUCCCACAAAUGGCGCCCCGGGCCCAAUGGGUCAACCUGUUAUCACCAGAAUGCCUCCCUUCCAGCUCGAAGGCGACAACGACCGCGUGCUCAGCAAGCGCAAGCUUGACGAGCUUGUGCGCCAAGUGACCGGCGGUUCGGAGGAAGCCUUGACCGCAGAGGUCGAAGAGGCUGUGCUUCAGAUGGCGGACGACUUUGUCGAUACGGUCAUCAGCAACGCCUGCAAGCUGGCCAAGCUUCGAGAGUCACCGCAGCUCGACAUCCGCGAUCUCCAGCUUGUCCUCGAGCGCAACUACAACAUCCGUAUUCCUGGCUACGCUUCCGACGAAGUUCGCACAGUGCGCAGACUAGUUCCAGCUCCGGGUUGGACGCAGAAAAUGAACGCCGUGCAAGCAGCUAAAGUUAUGGGUGGGAAGACGGACAUCUAG